UCCCGGGACGCUCCUGGCACAGAUUUGUUUGAGAUCACACUGUUAUUAAGCAUGGAACCACCUUCGUUAACGUCACCUGGGAAAGAGAGUUAUUUUUUAUAUUAAUAACUAGCAAGGAAAUGAAAUGAUCAAUGGAAUCAUGACAAAUGCCAACUGCUGCUUUCUGUAUCCUGAUUUUUCAACCAGUGAGGCAAAACUGCUUGUGCUUUAAAGAAAAUAACUCAGCUUUAUUAUUGACAGUUUAAAAUUUUUUUUCACAUCUGAAAUGAUAAAUUCUUAAUUGAGCACACAAAAAUCUCUAAGGCCUUAUUUAUAGUAGAUUUCUUUUGUGGCUCUUUGAAAAUUUCUAUGUCUGUGUUACAAACUGUUACUUGACAAAGUCUUCAAGAAACCAGGAAAGAAAUGAACUUGGAAAGUUGUAUGGUUGUAAUAGACUGCAGUGAAUUUACAUGGACAGUUCAAGAGAUCGUCUAUUUUAUCACCAGACAUAUUACUUAAGUACAAAUUAAUUCACAGUUUUAAUGACAGUAAAGCUGCUUGAAAAUGGCAUGGGUUAGAUUCUUACGGAAACCUGGUGGCAAUCUUGGAAAAGUUUACCAACCCGGGAGUAUGCUGUCUCUGGCUCCCACCAAAGGCUUGUUGAACGAACCAGGACAAAAUAGCUGCUUUCUUAACAGUGCUGUACAGGUUUUAUGGCAGUUGGAUAUAUUCCGGCGAAGCCUGCGAAGUCUGACUGGACAUGUUUGUCAGGGAGAGGCCUGUAUCUUUUGUGCACUGAAGACAAUAUUUGCACAGUUUCAACACAGUCGAGAAAAAGCUCUUCCCUCUGACAACAUAAGGCAUGCUCUUGCAGAAAGCUUCAAAGAUGAGCAGCGAUUUCAGCUUGGCCUUAUGGAUGAUGCUGCAGAGUGCUUUGAAAAUAUAUUAGAGAGGAUUCAUUUUCAUAUAGUGCCAAGCAGAGAUAUUGACAUGUGUACCUCAAAAUCCUGCAUCACUCACCAGAAGUUUGCUAUGACUUUGUAUGAACAGUGUGUAUGUCAUAGCUGUGGAGCAUCAUCAGACCCUUUGCCUUUUACUGAAUUUGUGCGGUAUAUUUCUACAACAGCCCUAUGCAAUGAAGUUGAGAGAAUGAUGGAAAGGCAUGAGCGUUUUAAGCCUGAAAUGUUUGCCGAGAUACUGCAAGCAGCAAAUACAACUGAUGACUAUAGGAAAUGUCCUAGUAACUGUGGCCAAAAAAUAAAAAUUCGCCGUGUUUUAAUGAACUGCCCAGAGAUUGUUACGAUUGGAUUAGUCUGGGAUUCUGAACAUUCCGACUUGACAGAAGAUGUUGUUCGCAAUCUGGCAACCCAUCUUUAUCUUCCUGGGCUUUUUUAUAGGGUUACUGAUGAAAAUGCUAAAAACAGUGAACUUCACCUUGUUGGUGUGAUCUGCUACACUAGUCGACACUAUUGUGCCUUUGCUUUCCAUACCAAGACUUCCAAAUGGGUAUUUUUUGAUGAUGCAAAUGUAAAAGAGGUUGGAACAAGAUGGAAAGAUGUGGUUUCCAAGUGUCUCCGAUGCCACUUCCAGCCACUGCUGUUGUUUUAUGCGAAUCCCAAUGGCACAGCAGUCUCUACCGAAGAUGCACCCAGGCAGGUCAUCCACUGGUCCCAUUAUAAGUCUGUUGCAGAAAAUAUGGAAUUGGAAAGGCCUUCAGUUUGUAAACCAGACAUUCCAAAAGAAAAUGGAUUUGACGGUCAGGCAAAACAGAGAGAAAAUACAAAAUUUCAAGGCGGCAACACUUCAUUUAAUCAGAGGCACAUUCAAACGGGCGGCAGCAGACAAGCAGUUAAGUCAAAUCAUAAUGAUCAGAGGGAAAAAUUCAAAGACAUUUCUAGAGAAUGUGCUUUAAAAGCCAUUGAGCAGAAGAACUUACUCUCCUCUCAAAGAAAAGAGUUGGAGAAGGGACAAAGGAAAGAUUUGGAUCGACACAAAGAUUUGGCCGAUGAAGACCUUUCUCAUUUCAAGGGUGGGCCACCUUCUGUCCCAAAUGACUUUCGACAAUAUGAAAAUCCACAUCUCUAUCGCAGUCUGGGAAAAGGAUUAUGUAAGCAUAACCGAACUGCCCAUCGGAGUCACACUUCUGCUCAAACAUUAAAUUCCAGCAAAUCCCAGAUGGCCUUUCAAGGAGAGAAAAUAAGUGGCAAAGUUAAAAUUGACAAUGUUACGGGAUAUGACACUGACAGUAGCCAAGCUUCUGGGGACAAAGGAAGUGGCUCUGUUAGCAACAGUAAAAGCCGGAACCGAAGUUGGAAGCCCAUGAGAGAAACUUUAAAUGUGGAUAGUAUUUUCAGCGAAAAUGACAAAAAACAACAUAGUCCUAGGCAUAAACCAACUAACAUUAGCAAACUUAAAAUGAGUAAAGAUCAGAGUUUUAACAAUUUGCCAAAAGAGAAUGCAAAGCAAAAAUGUCUGAUGACCAUAUAUGAAGAUGAAAUGAGGCCAGAAACAAUAGGCAGCAGAAGUUCCCUAGAAUCCAGUGGGAAAGGAGUGGGAAAAAAUCCGGGCCUCAGAGACACUAAAGCUCCUGGUGAGAAUGGGCAGAUACAAAGGACUGAGUCUGGAUAUGAAAGCAGCCAUCAUAUUAGUAAUGGAGCUAUCAGUUUGGAUUCGCCUGUUACUGAUGGACAUGGUUCAAUCAAGGAUAUCAAUGGUGCUAAAGAAACAGUAUCCCUCAGUGACCAGGUUAAGACAACCAACCUAAAUAAUGAACAUAUGUAUUGUACCUCUCAACAGAACAAAAGUCUCUCAGAAGGCUUUAGAAAAGAAAUCAAGAACUUGGAAGUAGACCAUUUAUCCCAUGAUUCCCACUUAGAACAACAUUUACAAAUAAAAACUCCUUUGAUAAGAAGGUCACAUACACAUGAAACAAAUGAGAAGUUAUUCUCUUCAUCUAGUCCACAAAUACUCAAAGACCAGCCAGCAAAAGAGCAUCUCCCUCAGUCAGAGGAACAGAAACUUGAAAAGUCAAGUGAACCCAAAUUUUCUGAACAGCUUCACUUGGAAAAUUCUGCGAGAACAGGCUUACUUUUUCACACGGAGGAUAAUUCCAUUUCUGGAAAGAAAGCGAACAGUAAUGAAGCAGUUGUGACGUCACCUUUGUGGUCUUCACACCUGAGAACUGUUGGGGUAAAGUCAGAAACUGGCUCCCUCAACCAGCAGCAAACAAGAAUGGAGCAGGGUGACUCAGAAAACUCUUUAUCCAGGGACCAUGUCACUCAGUCACCCUGCAGGUCCAAUGGUUGUCAGAUGCCAAAACUUGUUUGUCAGAAUCCACCACCUCCUUUGCCACCAAAGAAAUACACUAUAAACGCUGUGCCAUGGCCAGAGAAAAACGACUCCAUACCUGACAUUAAAUUUAGAGACACACGUAAAGCUAAUUCUUCGAAUCUUCUGAAGCAUACAGCAUCAGAGUUAGAUUCAGAAGUGAGUCCCUAUGUGAAUGAGGAAACAUUUCAAGUAAAAGAGCGGGUUGGCAACCCCCCAGACCUCCCGCCUAGCUCUUCAGCUAAUGAUUUUCAAGCCAACUUACGUUUCAAGCAGACAGUGGAUGAUGCAUUUUGCCAAUCAGAAAUAGACUCUGUUUCCCCCUGCCCAAAUGAGACCAUUUCAUUUACCACCUAUUUCUCAGUUGACAGCUGCAUGACUGAUACAUACAGGCUGAAAUACCAUCAGAGGCCCAAGCUCUGUUUUCCAGAGAACAAUGAAUUUGGUCAUAAUUCGCUGUCUCAGAGUGAGAGAGCUCUAAGACCCGCAUUACAUAGUAAUCUUGGUUCAAACUGCCCAUCUGAGCAAAGAUAGAAGCCUAAUAUAUAAUUGUGAUAGAUAAAUGGUAGAACUGGCAAGCUUCUUAAAGGCCAUUUUACUACAGCUUUAUAAGGACUGACCAAACCAAUGCUAAAUGAAAUAAAAAUAUGACGUUUUUAAAGGAAAUUAAUCAUUUUAACUUUAUAUGUAUAUAUAUACUUAUAUAUAUUUUUUAUUUUGUGAUGAUAAACUUACUCAGUAUUUUAGAAACUUUCUCUUGGCAUGCUAUGAAUUGAAAAUUGGGGGGGUGGUAGGGUAUCCCAAAUAUUUUACUAUAUGCUGCAGAUGUAUAAAAAUUUUGUUCCUUUGUGUGUAGACAGGCUCAUGAAUACUAAAGAAAUCACUCAUGUGUAGGUCGGUAAUACCAGGUAAUACAUGGUUUGUGUAAAGCAUUAUUUGUUUAUAAAGCACUUUUUAAUGGGUAACCAAGAAAGGACUUUUUUACCCAUUUGUUUUGACUUCUGUGAUAGUCUAUUACAAAUGAUCCCUUUAAAGACAUUUUUUUAAGUUGACCCAUGAAACUGACAGCAUUUGGGGGGAAAGGAAGCCUUAAUCAUACAGUAAUUUUAAAAUUAAAUUCUCAACGUCAGAACAGGAAAAACUAAUUUUGCUUUAUUUUUUAACCUUUGUCUUCCAUAUUGAAUGCCUAGUUUACAUAGAUUAGGUCCUGGCUGUAUUUAUAAACAUUACUUCAGCCACAUAAGCUAAAAAUAAUGAAGACUUAACUUUGGUCUAUUUAUUUGUUACAUUAUUUUUUUCUAAUUUUAUAUGAAAUGCAAAAGAUUUUUAUUUUGGUUUGAUUUAUUUGGGGCUGCUAAUAACCGUGUUAGGAAUCUACCUAUGGCCCUCCUCUUGGGAAUUUCACUGUGAUUGCCUGUUUCCCACUCUCAUCUUACGAACUCAUAGGCUAUUAAUUCACGUGACUGCUUUUCACGAUCUUAAAUUUUUUGAAAACCCGUUUCUAGAGUAAAUUUCUGCUCCUACUAUAGAGAGCUUAAUUAGAUGUAUUAUUUGAACAUCCCUUUCUUCUACAC